AAAACGUCACGUCCGGGGCAAGUGUGAGAGCGAGGAGGGGGUGGGGGCAGCGCGUGACCCCGUGAGGAAGACUUCGCCGACUGCGCAUCCCACCGCUCCUCACACACUCCUCACGCUGCUGCUUGCUCCGGCUGCUGCUGCUGCCGCCGCCGCCACCUUAACGAGGAGAAGGAGGCACGAUGCUGUCGAGGGGCUGCCUGGCGGGCCGGGCGUGUGUGGCGGGCCGCGUGUGUGUUGCCGGCGUGCGGGGCCUGAACACCAAGGAGACGGGGCGACCCCUAAUGCUCAACCCCCGUACCAACAAGGGCAUGGCGUUCACAAUCGCAGAGCGGCAGAUCCUCGGCCUGCAGGGUCUCAUCCCCCCGAAAGUCGAGAGCCAGGAUAUCCAGGCUGAUCGCUUUAAGGAGAACUUGGCUGGACUCUCUGAGCCACUGCAGAAGUACAUCUACGUGAUGGGCAUACAGGAGCGGAACGAGAAGCUCUUCUAUCGCAUCCUGCAGGAUGACAUUGAGCACCUGAUGCCAAUUGUGUACACGCCCACUGUGGGGCUCGCCUGCUCGCAGUACGGCCACAUCUUCCGCCGGCCAAAGGGUCUAUUCAUCAGUAUCAACGACAAGGGCCAUGUCCGUUCUGUCCUCGACAACUGGCACCGGCCCGAAGUUAAGGCAAUCGUGGUUACGGACGGCGAGCGCAUUCUGGGCCUGGGAGACCUGGGUGUGUACGGAAUGGGAAUCCCCGUGGGGAAGCUCUGCCUCUACACAGCCUGCGCCGGCAUCCGCCCCGAGUGCUGCCUGCCGGUGUGCAUCGACGUGGGCACUGACAACGAGUCCCUGCUGGAGGACCCCUUCUACAUGGGGCUCUACCAGAAGCGCGACCGCUCGGAGUGCUACGAUGAGCUCAUCGACGAGUUCAUGGAGGCCGUUGUCGAGAAGUACGGCUACAACACCCUGAUCCAGUUUGAAGACUUCGGGAACCACAACGCAUUCCGCCUCAUGCGCAAAUACCGCGAGAAAUACUGCACCUUCAACGAUGACAUCCAGGGAACGGCAGCGGUGGCACUGGCUGGGAUGCUGGCAGCGCAGAAGGUGACGGGGACAACGCUGUCGCAGAGCCGCUUCCUCUUCCUUGGCGCCGGGGAGGCGGCCACCGGCAUCGCAAAUCUAAUCGUGAUGGCGCUCACGGAGCAGGGCGUGCCACCCGUGGACGCAUAUGGGCAGGUGUGGAUGUACGACAAGCACGGCCUCAUGGUCAAGGGCCGACCAGCCGGCAUCGACCAUAACCAGGAGCUGUUUGCCCACGCGCCACCCUCUCAGCCGGUCACCUCCUUCCUGGAUGCGGUACAGCAGCUGAAGCCGACGGCUAUCAUCGGAGUGGCCGGUGCCGGGCGGCUCUUCACGCCGGAUGUCAUCUGCGCAAUGGCGGCGCUGAACGAGCGGCCAAUCAUCUUCGCGCUCAGCAACCCCACGACACAGGCGGAGUGUACAGCCGAGGAGGCCUACACUCUUACAGACGGGCGGUGCCUGUUUGCUAGUGGAAGCCCCUUCGACCCAGUCACUCUGCCGGACGGUCGCAUCUUCAGGCCUGGCCAGGGCAACAACGCGUACAUCUUUCCUGGCGUGGCCCUGGCUGUGAUUCUUUGCGGCGUGCGCCACAUUAAGGACAAGGUGUUCCUCGAGGCGGCCAAGACUCUGGCUGAGCAGGUGACCGAGGAGUCGCUGAGCCAAGGUCUCCUGUAUCCGCCCCUCUCCGACAUCCAGGAGGUGUCCAUCAACAUCGCCGUCAAGGUAUCCCAGUUCGUCUACGCCAACAACAUGGCGUUCCACUACCCGGAGCCGCACGACAAGGACGCAUACGUGCGCUCCAAGCUCUACACCACGGAGUACGAUUCCUUCCUGCCCGACAUCUACGACUGGCCCACGUCCCCACGCACGCCCAAACUCAACUAGAUGCCACGCUCCAGUGGCACGCAUGCACGUAUAUGCGGGCCCAGCGGCCCCUGCGUGUGGCACGGUUGCAGCAACGAUGCUGCAUCUGGGACGGGUGCCCCAGUGAGACGACUGUGACGCUCAGGGCGGUCUUUGAAUCAACGGGGCCUGAGCCCAGUACAGGCAAUGGCCACACACACACCCCUACACACCCCUACACAACCAUAUACACACCCGUAUACACCCAUCCACAGCUGUAUACACCCAUACACCCCCGUAUACACCCGUACACACCUGUAUACGCCCACACACGGGUGCGAACGGCUAUGUACGGAUGUGUACAGGUUGUACAUAUCCGUACAUAGCCGUUCACACCCGCACACUCCCGUUAACACCGUGACACACCCCGCCACACCUGUACACACAAUGACACACUCCUGCUCCGACACACCCUGAUACACUCCUGCUCCCACACACCCUGACACACUCCUGCUCUCAGACAUACACACUGGUACACUCCUGCUCCCUCAAUUACCUAUACCCAUCCUGAUACACGCCUACUUCCGCACACCGCGGUGGUGAGAUGUCAACUACCUCGCCUGGUACACAUGAGGUUGUGAGUUCAAUCCUGUCCCUGACGCCUGUAUAUUUGGAGUUUGCGUGUCUCUCUCGCGUGUAUUUUUCUCCGGGUCC